AACCGGCCACGAACUAGAUUCGCGGCCUCUGGGAGUGUCAAGCUUGCCUCGUUGGUGUUGCCGACGGUGAUGUUCAUCCGCGGCUCCUGAUUUUUUGUACACCAACUCCAACAAUCGCUCGCUUCUCUCACCACCUCGUCACUCGCUUUCCCGGUCCGUCCAGUAAAGAUUACCUUGCACAACCGAGGCGAUCUUUUAACCCUCGUUAUUUGCUGGAGACGCCUCGAAACCUCGCCGACCAUCGAAACAAAGCGUUCCAAAUGCUUGUUACCAGGCACGCCGCUACGGAGCAGAAUUCUUGGUCCAUAAGCAAGUUCGAACCCGCCUUUCGCAAGUCUGCGGAAAGAUCACGCAUGUCGAACAACUUCGACACGGUGACACAGUCGGACUGGCAGGGCCAGUACUCAUUCCUCCCGCCGGGGGACAACACCAUCUUUUCGCAGCCGUAUGAGCAUGUGGCAAGCUCGACAGAGAAUGCAGAGUCACCGGCGCAGCCGCGAACGGUGGUUGCACCGAGUGAGGCGCCCAAAGCAGAGGGUUCCCCGCUGGGUCAGCGUCUUGACCCGCUCGGUUUACGACAGACAAAGCAGCCGUCGCCGAUCCCAGAGCAGCCAGAGAACCAGGAAGAACAGUGUCCGUCCAAGGCACCCGAACUGACACAUGAGGAGUCAACGACCUCGACCGAGACCCGCGACGUGUCUCUAGGGUCGAACCCCCUGAGCUCAGUGUCAUCGGCUCCGGGGCAAGGCUCUGAAGCGGGGGCCCCGAGCCAGUCGGGUAACGAGGGGCAACCCGCCGCCGUGAAGGAGGAGGAGGAGGAGGAGGAGGUUGUGGAGGACGAGGAGAUGGCAGAAGGGGGGGAAGGGGGGACCGAAGCGCAGCCUCAGCAGCCACAGACAGCGGCCGAGCGAACUGCGCAGCGGCGCAAAAUGAAGCGCUUCAGGCUUACUCAUCAACAGACGAGAUUUUUGAUGAGCGAGUUUGCUAAGCAACCGCAUCCCGAUGCCGCUCAUCGCGAGCGCCUCUCGCGAGAGAUCCCGGGCCUUAGCCCACGCCAGGUACAGGUGUGGUUUCAGAACCGUCGCGCCAAAAUCAAGCGCCUCACCGCGGACGAUCGCGAGCGCAUGAUGAAAAUGAGGGCGGUCCCGGAGGAUUUUGACAGCCUCAGUGCGCUCCACUCGCCGUACGGCGCCGUUCACGCCCUCGGGACACCCAUUACGUCGCCUGUCGACCUUGGCGGAUCUUCGUACGCGCCUCUCAUGGUGGAUGUAAGGAGGCAUGACGGCGACGAGCACCUGUCCCCCACCGGCCUGAGUCCGGCGUUUGGAAAUAUAGGUUUCGGCCACUCGGCAGGACUUGGCACACCAGAUAUUCUCUCGCCCAUCUCCCCUACCUCUACUGACCGGUACGGCUACCCGAGCCAUCUCUCGACCACGCCGCUGAGUGCCGGGCCAAGGACGUCCAACCCGUUUGCAAGGCAGGCAAGCCUGGACUCAGGAAUGCAGAUGCACAACGCCCACUCCCGACAACAGAUCCGACCGCUGCAGCCUCUCCAGCUUCGCGACACCAUGACCAGAUCGCGCUCGGACAGCCUCCAGUCGCCAUUGCGUUCGAGCAUGUCGUGGAAGGGCGACGCGAUUGACUACACGACCUACCAAGGGGGAAAUCCUUCGUCACAUCUGGGAAGUAGGCAGCACAGUAUCUACCACCAAGAUCAGGUGGGCGGCAGCUCAGCUGGUGGCUUGGGCGCCUACGAGUCGGGCAACUAUUCCGCUUCGGCCGUGCAAUCGCCGGCUCAUUAUUCGGGCUUUCAAUCCUCCAGCUUGCAGGCGAGCCAGCAGCGGAACUCGCGGUUGAGAGCUGCGUCUGCCUCCUCGCUCCCACUCGGCUUAGAUCUGCGGACACAGUUCAGGUCCGCCAUCGGGUCCGGCGGCGGUCUACCAAACUCGACACAGUCUCCAGGUCCGCGGACGGCUUCGACCCCGCAACUGGGCGGCGUCUCGUCCGGCUUCACGGGCAGCUUCCCGUCGACGCCUCUCACGGCACCCGUCGACUUCUCCUUGCCCAGGUCAUCCGCCGCGUACCGAACCUCGACCACCGACUACUCGAUGCCCCAGAUGAGCGCCCCUAUCGCGCCUCCAAACGACUUCUCGCAAGCCUUCCAGGCCAGCAUGUCGAGCCCGAGCGCGAGGACACCGAUGAGGGAUUCCUUUGGCGGCGGCGGCGGCGGCGGCGGCGGAGGGGCCGGGCCGCUGGGGCUGGGGCCGCAGAGACAGGGUCCGGGAGAUCGCAGCGACGACUACUCGGACCCUCUGGGGAUGAAGCGGAAGCGCAGCUUCACGGGGCCAUUACCCGCCACGACGGCCGGCGCUGGCGCUUACGGCAGCACGGCGUGAAACAGAAAUGACGAUAUCCUUUUUGCUUCUUUUUUUUCUU